AUGGGUGCCCCCCCCAUGUGGUUCUUGAACCUGCUGUCACGCGAAGUGCAUCGAUUACGCAGCAUCACCACCACAAUCUACAACACAGUAACUUUUAUUCGCCAGCAAAACACCGGUGACUGCUUCAAGCUCGACAAGUUCCUGCGCUACACCGAGCAAAUAGGCCUCGACUACCGACGGGAACCAUUUUUGCUCGGCGCUAUCGAGGCCAUCCUGCUCAAAGAACUGCGCCUGCUGAAGCACAAAGCACGUAUUCCCGUCCCCAAGGGCGUGACACUCUUCUGUGUGAUGGAUAAGACCGGCUUUUUACAAGGAGGGCCAAGUCUUUCGGGUGGUGAUCUCGACGGUGAUCUCUUCCAUGUCAUCUGGGAUCCUGCCUUAUUCAACGCAAAACCAAAGCUCGAAACAUUCGAGCCGGCCGACUACCCGCGCAUACCACCUCUUGAGCUGGAAGGGGAGAUUACCAUUCGCGACAUGGCCAACUUCUUUGCGGACUUUAAGACCAUCUUGGCGGACCCAGACUGCAUGAAACUUGCCAAACUGGCGUCGAGCGCUGUCAACUUGUCCAAGACGGGCCGGCCAGUCGACAUGACGCAGUUGCCCAAGUGCAGGCGAUGGAGACCCGAUUUCUUUGCGCCAGCGUCGAACCUGAAGAUACUGCACAAAUAUGAGAUCGAACUGGAACAAUACGACAUGGAUGACGACGAUAAGACUGGCGAGGAAGGUGACGAUACACCGAGGUGGAGCUGCGAAAUCUUCAUUACAGGCCUGCGAAUCGAUCGCGCAGACCACCCGAGCCAGCCUCUCAAAGAGCUCGAGGUCUUCGUCGGCUUCGUCAUGAAUAGAUCCGACAUCCAGACCCGCCGACAACGCGACGGCUCUCUCAAGCUCAAGGACGAGUUCGACCGCAUCACUGGCUGGGCCGUUGACGAGAUGCGCCGCCCAUUCAUCAGCGGCUAUACCAGCGAGCUGGACGCGAUCGAGUUUUGCAUUGCUUGUCUGUACGUCGGCUGUUUCGAGACCAAACAGCAGCACGGAGGGCACCGACGGGUGAACAAGACGAGUGAGAGCUCCAAGAUUGUGGCGGCGGCGACGCUCCUGCGCGAGUUGAAUGCUGUCGAGACGCGAAUUAGAGUUUUUCUCGCUAGUAGCUGUCUUUUCGAGAAGACUUCUGGGUAA